AAGCGUCGGCUGGAUUGGGGUUGGGGAGACAUGCAGGAGGCUGUUGUGACAGCCCCGAAAAGAGGUGACAACGCCUAGAACUCGGGUCUCUUGGGAAUUCUGUGAACCCUGCUUCUGAAAUGUUUGUAGCAGACAGGGAUGGGGGCGCAGGCAGCCAGACGCCAAUGACCCCAGCCCUUUGCGAGCAGAUUGUUAAAAAUUCCUUGCUGUGAAGGGGGAAGGAAGCGCCCAAGUGCAGCUCGUUUUCCGGAUGAGUUAAUGGCUCUGAGAGCUUUGCCCCCUCGGACCCGCCCUGAGCUUAAUUGGUCCACAGCUCUCAUCUUUUUGAGGUUUCAGGGUGUUUUUCAAACGCGUCUUAUCCCCAGGGCGAAACCCAAACCUCAGGUGUGCUCUGCUGUCCCGAUGAACCCAGGGAAUCCUCCUCCGUAUCCAGGCCCUGGUCCGUCGGCCCCGUACCCACCUUAUCCACAACAACCCAUGGGGCCGCAGGUCUACCCUCCAGGACCUGCGGGGGGGCCCUACCCACCACCUCCUCAGGGGUACCCCUACCAGGGCUACCCCCAGUACGGCUGGCAGGGCGGACCUCAGGAGCCUCCUAAAACCACAGUGUAUGUGGUGGAAGACCAAAGGAGGGAUGACCUGGGCCCCUCCACCUGCCUCACAGCCUGUUGGACGGCCCUCUGCUGCUGCUGCCUCUGGGACAUGCUCACCUGACCAGCCCGGCUCUCCUGUCCCGCCAGCUCUGCCGCCACCGCCGCCAGGUGUGCCUGCCCCCAUCUCUUCCGACGGCUGAAAUCAACGACUAGCUCUGCAGAGACACGUCUACCUUCACCACAGUGGGAUUCUAGAUUAGCACGGGUUGCUGCUGGGUAAUUCAGUGACUUGAUCUUUUUAAUACUCAAAAUCCAUUUCUUGUUGGCCUUUCACAAAUGUGCUAAAUGACUUUUAUUUUUUUGGCCAAAGCCUUCGUUAUAUUUAUAAUUUAAAAAUUAUACAUUCAAGGUAGUGUGGCAUGAUGUAAUACACCACGGAAUGAUUUCUCUGCUAACACCCUGUAUGUUUCAAUAAAUUUGUCUACACCUCAA